AUGGGUGAAUUGAUUUGUAAUUCCACCUGGGAAACUAAAAUGGUUGAAUCUUUAAAGACUUCAAAGUUCUAUUUAAAAGGAGAUUACAAGGUGGGUUUUGUAGGAGAGAUGUUGGAACAGCUUGGUCGAAUGUGCUAAUAAUUAUUUAUACUUUUGAAAUUUAGGUUCACAUUAAAGAGUCAUCCGAUAUAGCUGAGCACUGUAUUGUUUAUUCCAUGAGUGAUGGCAAAGAUACAGACUACAGGAAGAAGUGUGGCCAUCGACAUGGCAUCGUUUGCGAGAGUUGUCACGUAUUAUCUAGUAAUCCUACUGACAUCCAGACGAAGGCCACUACAGCCAAUUUUGCUACCACUGAUGAUCGCGAUGAAGUAGCGUAUAUGAUCAACUACUCCAAACUUGCGAUUGAGUCAUGGCAAUGUCAUAUUAUAAGGUGUGUAAAUCAAGAUCAGGCGCGAAUUGACGUCCUAGAGCUUUUGGAUAAUGACACUAUUCUGGUAAUAAACGACUGGGCUAUGAAAUUCAUACCACAGAAGUAUCGCGAAUCGCAGGCAGAUUGGUAUGGUAAACGUGGUAUUUCGUGGCAUAUUUCAGUAGUUCAUUACCAGAUCAACAAUGAAUAAUGUCUACUUCCGUCAGGAUAAUGCAGGCUGCUACCAUUCGGCACACACCAUUCUUAGUUGUCCAGCAAUAGCAAAAUCUGUCGGGAUGAAGAUAGUCCGCAUCGACUUCAGUGAUCCGCAAGGCGGCAAAGGUGCGGCAGAUAGAUUAGCAGCCACCUGCAAGUGA